AUGUCUCAGAACGGGAAGCUGAUCCCAAAUCUGGACCAGAACAGUACGAGGCUCCUCAAUCUCACAGUUCUCCAGCGAAUCGAUCCCUUCAUCGAGGAAAUCCUUAUCACAGCCGCUCAUGUCACCUUCUAUGAAUUCAACAUCGAGCUCAGUCAAUGGAGUCGUAAAGAUGUGGAAGGAUCUUUGUUUGUUGUCAAAAGAAGCACACAACCUCGAUUUCAGUUUAUUGUGAUGAAUCGCCGGAAUACAGAUAAUCUGGUGGAAAAUCUACUGGGAGAUUUUGAGUGUGAAGUCCAAGGUCCAUAUUUACUUUACCGUAAUGCAUCUCAAGAAGUAAAUGGCAUUUGGUUCUACAAUAUACGUGAGUGUGAGGAGGUAGCACAUCUUUUCGAGAGAAUACUUAGUGCAUAUUCCAAGGUGAACCAAAAGCCAAAAACGCCGUCUGCGAAAAGCGAGUUUGAGGUAUUGGAAGCUGUGCCUACAAUGGCAACUAUGGAUGGUCCUCUUGAACCAUCUUCAACUGCUAGGGAUGCCCCUAAAGAUCAUGAUUUCGUCAACUUCUUCAGCUCAGCGAUGGCUCUUGGAAACACUUCGAGUGCGUCGGCAAGUGAACCACCGUACCAAUCAUCGGCAAUUCCUCAACAACCUCACCAACCCACAGUUGCCCCUCCUGCAGCGCCAGCUGCACCACCUCCACAGAUAACAUCACCACCGCCUCUACUAUCCUCCUCUCCCCUGAUGUCUCUCUUUGACCACAACCCUGACCUUAUCAGCACCAACUCCAACUCCAACGUUCAUACGAACUUAGUGAACCCCUCUUUCUUUGGUGCCCCACGGAUGAUGGCACAGCCACACCCAACUCCUGGUGCAUCCAUGCCCACUGCUCCUCCUCUGAACCCUAACAAUGCGACUCACCAGCACCGUCCAUAUGGUACUCCGGUGCUCCAGCCUUUCCCACCACCAACUCCACCACUAUCACUCGCUCCUCAACCCAGUGGCCCGGUUAUCAACAGAGACAAAGUCAAAGAAGCUCUUUUAGCGCUGGUUCAGGAGAAUGAAUUCAUCGACAUGGUGACUCGAGCUUUACAAAAUGCACAUCAACCAUGA